UGCAUCUCUGUGCUGAUAGUUCUAAGGUGCUUGUCCGUCAUUCCGGUAUAAAGAGCCAGUCGUUACUGGCUGAAGUUUAAGUGUUAAACUGUAUAAAAGAAAAAAAAAAGACAAGUUUUUUUACGAAGUUAUUUAAGUGUUGUGAGAUAACUACUUACUGGAGGGAUGACGUCCUCGACGUUGGUUCUGGCGAUGCUGGUGUUGGCGGUGUCGGGGAAGUCCAUCGACAACCCGGCCGAAAACCCCGACCGCCCGGCGGGGAUGGAGAUGGCGGUCCCAACCGUUGUGGAGACGGUCAAACGGGACGGUAAAUCGCUGGCGUUGCCCCCACCUGUACAGGUGACCUCAGGCGUGAUAACCGUCCUGGGAGAUGCCCGGAAAGGUCGCGUCAUCGAAAUCGGGGAUGACGGCAUACCCAUCAUCCACGGUGUAAGGGAGCCCGAUGACCCCUCAGAUACCAAGGUCUACAGGAAUGCCAGAAUCAUCAAUAAUAAGCUCAUAACGCCAGAAGACGAGCUCAGGAUGAACGGCAUCAAAGGCCGCGCCCUUUCCACGCAUUCGAACGAGAGAGCCGGUCAUGACCGCACAGCUCGCAUACUGACCGAGGACUCAUCAGCGUCCGGUCGUGCUGUUUCUGGCUCGGGCUCAGGCUCAGGAUCUGGGUCGUGGAUUUUCAGAGAUAAUCCAACCAGGGAGGGCGUUAUCGCCCCAGUGCCUUCAAGAGGCCACUCUACUUCAGCUGCAGGAUCCAGAGGGGCACGAAAAUACCCUGCCUUCUACUACAGGAAGUACUAUAAUAACGAGAGGGUUGGUGUCAUCGCGGAGUCAUCAUUUGAGGAUGACAGUCUGUCGACCUCUUCGGAGAAGGUGGUAAGCUACAGCUACCUGGCUGCUCCCAACGGAAACUCUCGCUCUGACACAUCCCGAGGCAGCUCUUCAAAUGAUGUCGUGUACGGAACAGGAUCCGCAGCUAAGCCGCCAUCUCAGGGCGCUUCUGCGGGCGUGUCCCUCCAUACGGUGGAGGCUCCAUCUCUCGUAACGGCUGAGAGCGUCAGUGUCCCUGUGCAACAUCAGCCUGUCCUUGUGCAACGCCAGGAUGCCCCUGUGCAACACCAGUCUUUUGAACCAUCUCUGAAUGUCAUAGGGGUAUCUGCCUCCAAUGAUGUCGCGACUUCGUUGUCGAAUCCCGUUCCCUUUGGGCCCGCGUCUAAUCCUUCUGAAAGCUUCGCCGUGCACCAGGUCCCACUCCAUGAACAUGGUCACAGUCAGUUCCACCACCUGCCCAUCACCCCUCCCCCACACGCCCCACCUACUGUUUUCCAGGCCGAUCACAGCAACUUCAUAAUUAAGGACACUACUUUCCAGGCUCACCCCGGGGCACCCACGUUCACCAUCCCUAUUCCAAUUCCAACGCAACAGGCGCAAUCCAUACGUCGUCGCCCCUUCCACAGGAACAAUAUUAAGGCUUCUUCAGAAGUUGUAGAACAUGCGCUGUCUGCCACAGGAGAUCUCUCCUAUACCAGUUACGACCCGUACGACAUUGUGCAAGAGCCCUCGACUAAGAAGCCUAUCUAUAAGAAGAUGAUUGAACCCUUCAUGAAGGCCGGAGAGAAACUCUAUGAGAUGGCAUCUCCUGUACUGGACCCAAUGUUCAACGUUGGAAGCAGGAUUUCCCACAGCCUGGGAAUUCAGAGCGACUCGGAGCCAUUUUCCCUGUUGAGUAUGAACGAUUACAUCAGCAGGACAGUGGACGGCGGGGGUGUUCCAGUGGUGGCUGGAGUUGCUGCCCUGACUGCCAUUGCGAUUGGCGCCAUUGCUGUGGCCUCCUCGACUAACGUCACCAUCGGAAAGCGCUCUCUGGGUGACCCAGUGGAAGAUUUCAUGUACCAGAUGCUAGAUCCAUACCCCACGAGAGAGCCAACACUUCUGGACCGUCUGGAACAAUAUACGUCCUGGACAGAAUCGAAAUGCUCCAAGAGGAUUUUCUGUGACGUCAUGACCUACGUUGGGGACGACUACCUCUACAACGUCGAGAAGCGUUUGGAUAUGUUCCUGAGAGUACUGAACAGAGGCAGCGCAGAGGAAUCAGCAUUGAAAAAGACAGCCAAUGACGUCAUGUCAGCCGUACGGAGUCACAACUGUGGAGUUUUCAGUUGCGGCGGGAGCGGUGUUGAUGCGUCGCAAGUCUCUCAUUCUUCAUCGGGCCCACGGUAGUGGUCCCAGGUUGCUGUUAGAUCUCAUUUUUGUUUCCUUGUGGGUAUAUCACGUCACAAGACAGACACCAUAACUUCUCUUCUGGGGCAUCUGAUUAAUGGAGGAGUUUCAUAGGUGGCUGUUGUACAGACAUGUAUAGAACCACGGGAAAGGAUUUUGAAUUUGCGUUGGUCACAACGGCGGUCUCUACGGUCCCUUUACACUAGCUGACCUGUCCAGCGACACAUCGGCUGCUGCGUCUGUCAAGACUUUACAUUACUCAGACAACAUGUGAAUUCUACCCAAGAGAUCUCAUUUUGAAGACUUAACGACAGAUGUUUCAACAUGUCAAUUGGUCGUUAACACCCUGUACAUUUAGAUACCGGUCGAUUCGACACGCAAGACAGGCAAACCUCUGACAAGUACGCUAAUGUGAAGGACCCUUAAAAGGAGAUUUUUUAUUCUCUUCAUCGAUGGUAGGUAGAGCACUUCAGUCCUAGGUGCCUCAUGAGGUAAACAGAAACUACUAAUUUAUUUAUUUGAUCUUUGAAAUCUCUCCCCGUUUCCAUUACCUUUACAGUAAUGUUCAAGCACUUCACUUUUUUUCACAAACUGAUCCCAUGUGUACAAGGCUAGUCCAUUGCUGUUGGGUCAAUGAUGUGUUUUGUUUGUCAGUAUUUGUUGUUUUUACUUAGGAAGUAACUGUAUAAACUGUUGUAUUUUACUUAGGAAGUAACUUUAUAAACUGUUGUAUAUUUUUCUGAAACUUUUCACCGUAUAUUUUUCUGAAACUUUUCACCGUAACUCAAGUUUGGGGAAGAUAACUAUAUAAAAAGUAUAUAUAAUACUACAGAUUUGGAUGGUGUGAGCUGGGCAGAUGAAACUUAGCGCUCACUUGCUGAAUAGAUUCCUGCUCGUGUAGUUAAAGAGAUAUUAGAAAACUUUCCUGUUAUCAGUAAAGUUGUAUAAACUAUAAAAGUGACAUCAAGAAGGAAAAAUCAGUGACGUUCUGACCACAGAAUUCACCUGCAGUGGUAAACAAUACACACUGCAUUCCUCAGAACGGGUACUAAGUUUUAUAGAAGACUUUAGUGGAUAUGAAAGAAGCGGAUGCAAAUUUCUUAAUUACAUCUACCAAAUUUAAUCACUUUCAGUCGUGGCAUUUUGGUACCUGGCUAUGCCACUACUCUGAGAUCCAACCUCUGACCGUUACAAAGAUAAUGAAACUACAAAUCACAAGCAAGCAGCUGAACUACCCCGUUUAUGGAUGAAGUGCCUAGUUAGCAGUGACAGGUCAUAGUUCAACAGUAAAGCUAUAUUUCAUAGCCUUCCCUUAAACAUGAGUGUACUAAGAUUCUCUCAAGUUGUUUUUUCCUGUGUGGGUGCUCAAUCGACCCGAGGAAAAUAUGGUUCAGAUUCCUGUACAGUCGUACAUCCAAUCUGGAUGUUUGGCUGGAAAGUACAAUAUUUUGUAAAUAUGCAUUGUUACCAUUAUAUAUAACCGUUCUCUUGUUCCUGUACGCCAUAUUGUGCAGACACUUGCCAUAUGUUAUAUUGUUUCCACUUUUGUAAUAUAUUAUAAUUAUCGUCACAAUCUAGUUUUGUUUGUAGAAUCUCAUACUUCACUUGAUCCAGUCGUUUUUCAGUAAGUCUACUGCACAAUGCUGAGCAAAUGUAAGCGUUGUUCACCAAAUAUUAACUAUGAGUUUAAGUUUAGUUUCAGCUUAUUGGACUCGGCACCUAAUGACCAGUUGAAAAUGAUCCUCAAAUAUAUUUUGUCCAGACUGAGGUAAUUGCGAUGUAGGCAGUAAAAGAAACUUCAGAAAGACGGUAUGUCGCAAUACAAACGUCAUAUACGUAUCAUUUAUGUUGCAAAACUACUUCUGAAAAGAAUUACAUAAUUCUCAUCAUUCUGAGAAAACAACAAAUUGUUCCAUGUUAUAAUUUUUUUUCCGAUUCUAGCAAUAUUGAUGAACAGUAACAAAAAACGACUCUUCUUUAAUCAAAUAAUCCCUAUUCAGAAAGGUUUCGUCCAGCAAAUGAUUUUAUUUCUAGACUUCACAGAAAAACUCUUUCCAUGACAGAUCUGGGAUAUUUUCCUCACAUAAAUGAGGAUCCCAAUUAUUAACAAAGUUCUUCAUAACUGCUCCGGAUUUUAUUUAUAUAUCCUCUUCUGGAUAGAUAUUAUUCAUUCUUUUGAAAAACGUCUAACUUGCUGUGUUGCUCUCAUCGCACAAUAAAGAAUACAGCGAAGAUGGUUAUUCUUCAAGUUCCUCCACUUUUUACGUCACCGGCUGGUCCGUGUAUACUAUCAAGCAUUUUGUAAUAAAAAGUCCUGCGUGA